AUGUUUUGGAGAAGUGCAAAAUCGGACAAUCUUGAGUCUACGCAGCCAUCCGCACAAGUUUCCACGGCAAAUGUGUCCCCAAGGCUCUCUGGUUGUUCUUCUGCCCAAGGAACUGCUAGCCGACCAUUCUCUCAAUCUGAAAACCGCAUGACAAUAGCAGGAAUUGAUGAGGACUCAAAGUAUAGAGCUAUAAUUAAAUAUCUUCACGCGAGACUUGCCACAAACCAAUGGUAUUCUCUGCCCACAGAUCCAACGGUCGAGUAUCAUGGUCUUCUGCUCCGGAAGUCUCGCGGGAGUUAUAUUUCCGAACCGGAAAAUGUGCAUCCACUCUUGCUCGCUGCUGUGCAAAAGAUCAAUGUCUCGGUUGCUUUCACAAUGUCAACUGAGACUACCAGAAUCAUCCUCUCACUUCUACAACAAAAUCAGACUGAACUGGUACUCCCAAAUGGGUUCCAGGUUCAGGUUAUUGACUCCCUAGCAGAUAUUGCCUGUUCCCCGUCAAGCUCUGUAAAGAAGUUUCAAUACGUAGCCUUUAUUCGAGAGGAGGGAUUUCUCCUGGUCUGGCAUGAUGAGCUAGAUAAAAUACUUCUCCACGCGGAAGAUGUUGAAAGCAAACUUCUCUCUUUUAUUUGUGGAACGUCUACGUCUGUGUUUGCUUCGUCGAUUCCUCGGUACCCCCUUCAACGCUCACCCCUCCACUCUGCUGCCAACUCGACACAUCAAUUUACGACGCGGCGGAGCAAAGAGGCGGGUGAUGUAGUAAAUCAGACAUCGAGUGCCCCCGAUGAAGAAGCUGCAAACCCUGUUGAAUCGUUAGAUAGGCCGGUCGCAUUGACAAGUUCAAUAUUCGUCGGCCUAGGAUCAUGUUUAAUCAUUGUUCUCAUCUUAGGCUUCGGUGUCUCUAAUCUUGUCUUACAAGUCCUCGUUGAUGGAAAAUGGACAAGACUGGGGUUGCUUGCGACUAUACCAGUCUUUAUGCUUUUCAGUGUCUUUUUUGUUAUUGUAAUCUUUACCGAUAUUUUCCAGGCCAUCGGGCCUAUCAAAACCCUAAAAACAAAUUCUCGAUUUUAUUCCGCCCUUCGGCCAGAUCUUGCGCAGGCCUACUCUCUGGGCUUCAAGCCUCCUCGACUUACAAUCCAGAUGCCCGUUUACACUGAGUCAUUGAACGGCGUUAUCAUUCCAACGAUUACAAGCUUGAAAGCGGCUAUAUCGCACUACGAGUCUCAUGGAGGUGCUGCAACAAUUUUUGUCAAUGACGACGGCUUAGCAUAUCUCUCGGAAGAGGAAAGAGAAGACCGUAUCAACUAUUACCAUGACAACAAUAUCGGUUGGGUGGCUCGACCCAGGAACAACGAAGAUGGAUAUAUCCGAAAGGGUAAAUUUAAAAAAGCCUCCAACAUGAACUUCGCCUUGAAUAUUUCCAAUAAGGUUGAAGAUAAGCUUCUUGAAAUGCUGUCAGAGACACUAGAGACAACGGAUAUGGUUGAUGUAGGCCGGGAAGAACUCUUUUACCAGCUGGCCCUAGAAGAAGUUCUUGCCUCUGAUAGCAGAGUCAAAGCUGCCGGAGAUAUUCGCAUAGGGGAAGCGAUCCUGAUUGUGGACUCUGAUACUCGAGUGCCAGUCGACUGCUUACUAUACGGUGCUGCCGAGAUGUUUCUCAAUCCGGAGGUGGCGAUUAUUCAACAUUCAACCGGUGUCAUGCAGGUUUCUGAGGAUUAUUUUGAGAACGGAAUCACAUUUUUUACAAACCUGAUAUAUUCUGCAAUUAGAUUCGCAGUUGGAAGCGGAGAGACAGCUCCAUUCGUGGGGCACAAUGCUUUUCUUCGUUGGCAGGCGGUCCAAUCAGUCGGUAAACAAGAUGACGGGUAUGUCGCGUAUUGGUCGGAAAGUCAUGUCUCGGAAGACUUUGACAUCGCUCUUCGUCUACAGAUAGCUGGAAAUAUUGUUCGACUCGCAAGCUAUCACGGUGACGAGUUUAAAGAGGGCGUAUCUCUAACUAUUUAUGACGAAUUGGCGCGCUGGGAAAAGUACGCAUAUGGAUGUAAUGAGCUCGUUUUCAAUCCAAUUUAUACCUGGAUAUACAAAGGGCCCUUUACUAGGCUUUUCAUGACCUUUCUUUGGUGCAAUUUGCAGCUAUCAUCAAAGAUUACGAUUCUGGGGUACAUUUCUUCAUAUUAUGCAUUGGCAUCUGGAUUUCCAUUGACAGUCAUGAAUUAUUUCUUAGUCGGCUGGCUCAACGGCAGCUUGGACAAGUUCUAUCUUGAAUCCUGGAAAGUUUUCCUGGGCCUCAUCCUCGUCUUUCCCCUCCUUGGUAACAUUUGUCUAGCCAUUAUCCGCUACCGUCUCGCAGAAAAGAGCCUAUGGGGCGCUCUUCUCGAAAACUUCAAAUGGGCGCCGAUGAUGGCAAUCUUUUUCGGUGGCAUCUCGUUCCACAUCAGCUUGGCGAUCCUCUCCCAAAUGUUUCGUGUCAACAUGGAAUGGGGAGCGACAGCUAAGGAGAAAGUUGAUUCUAACUUCUUCAAGGAGAUGCCCAAAAUUUUCAAAAGCUUCAAGUGGAUGUAUGCCGUCGUCUUGCCUCUGAUCGGUGGUAUGGUGUACCUGGGCUGCUUUGCUCCAAGAGGCUGGGAGAUCACGGAGAUUGCAGCAGUCGUGCCUUUAUCAGUGACUCUAGCUUCACAUGCUCUUCUUCCCUUGCUUCUCAACCCUUCGUUGAUGAUAUUCAAUUACUAAGAUACUAAUACUUGGUGCAAGUCUGUGGCGUCGGAGGAUGCGUUUGUUUUUGACUCGAAACCUCGAAACCUCUCAUAGAUGGUUGUGUUUUAAAACCCAUGUUAAACUUGCCUCUUUCUUUUUUUUUUUUCUUUUUGGGCGCGUUGGAGGAGCAUUUUGGCGGUGUAUGUUAUAGAGCUGGACUAUUGGUUGUGUGUACCG